AUGUCCAUAUAUUCCAAUCCACCGCCAGCUCGAAGCUUCCUCGACGAUAAACCUACCCUUUUGGUUUGUUGGUGGUGUACGUUAUUUGCCGCCGUUAUCAUAUUGUUUAGGGUUUGUGGACGAUAUAUAAGGACGGAGAAAUUGUUUAAAGAAGAUUGGUUGGCUUUUGCUUGUCUCAUUCCUUUGUUUGGUCGUAUGGCAUUGGUUCAUGUGGUUUUGUUAUAUGGAACUAAUAAUGCGGUAAUUGAGGAUUUUUCAGAGAGAGCUUUAUAUCGAAGAGCGAUUGGGAGUAGAUUGGUAUUGGUAUCUAGGAUAUUUUAUGCUGCGACACUUUGGAUGCUUAAACUUACCAUUAGUGAAUUCUUCAAAAGACUCACAAUUAAUAUUUGGACGAGGUCACACGAACGAACGUUGAUAUUCAUCCGAUGGUUUCUUCUCGUCACAUUCAUCGCCGUGAUAAUAGCAGAUAUCUCGGAAUGUCAACCGAUCAGUCAUUACUGGCAGGUCACGCCCGAUCCAGGAGCAAAAUGUCGUCAAGGAUACGCACAACUCCUUACCAUGGGAACUGUCAAUGUAUUGACUGAUUUCCUCCUCGUUUUAUUUCCAGUCCCUAUCAUCAUUGGUUCGACCAUGAGGAUAAAGAAGAAAAUUCAAUUGGUCUUGUUAUUCGCCGGUUCAUUAAUACCAGCUGGAAUCACACUUUAUCGAAUUCCGGAAAUCAUCGAUAGACAUGGCAUACAACAAUAUCGAUCCUUAUUAGCCUCGGUCGAGAUUCUCUUCGCAACCGCUGUCGCCAAUGCACUCAUUCUCGGCUCAUUCGUUCGAGACCGAGGCGUCAAGAAACAAAAGUGGAAAUUUGGUUCCCUCACCGAUACACUCGAGCGUACGACGUCACGGCGCGGAACCGCCGCCCGUCAAUGGGGAAGUGAUGAAGAUCUCGUGAGAGAUUUAGGACUCGGUGUAGAUCCAGAAUUAAGAGGCCACAUCGAAUCAGCUCCACGUCCGGCCCCCAUGGCCGUGGCGGGAAACAUGCCGGUUCGAAGCCAUCGAUUUGGUUCGAAUAGUUCGAGCGAGUGGCGAUUUCCAAGUGAUACAAGCGAAGAAAAUGAUUUCGUCAAAUCCCAUCCUUCUCGUCACGUCUCCGAAGAUUUAACCUCGAUGAUGUCUCCACGCCGCGUGUCAUUUUUCGACGUCGGAGGUCUCCUCGAUCAAGAUCCCCCGAGAAGAGUGAGUUCGACCCGCACUAUGGAUACAGAAUAUACCGGGGAAUCCAGCACGCAAAGCGGAGGCCCCGUCUCCACCACCUGGUCGUAUGAAAAUGGACUCAGCCCCGCACCACCAACACGUGGCUCCGCUGCUCUCCUGCAAGAUAUUGGGGGAUUAUUGGGUCCGAGGACGAGAAUUCAUCGUUAUUCGAGUACGGGCUAUGAACUCGAGACGAUUAUGCAGGAUCGCAUGACGACGAAGAGUUCUCCAAGUCAUCCGAGUCAAGCCAAUACUGUUUCUCAAUCUUUUUCUCUUUCUCUUUCCCAUGAUCAUUCUCAAGCUCAAGCUCAAGCUCCACCCAUCGAUGAUUUGGGUAGACAGCAGUCGAAUUUAAGUUUUCAGGAUGUGGGGGGGCUUUUGGAGAGAUGA